GACUGGCAGUUCAAAGUCCAUCCUGGCGUGUGGCAGUCAGCCGCACCUGUCAUCGAGCGGCCACAGAACCCUGCAGUUACCUUCGCACCAUUACGCCACGGGCAUGCCGUCGCCUUCGCAUUAUUUCUGAAAAUCGAACCAUGGCUGCGCGUCUGUACUUGGCUUUUCAGUAGUGUUUUCCCCGAAGAACGAGUCUUUCGCAUUGGCGCCCAGGAAGCAGUUAUUACUGGGAAGCAUCUGGUUCCGAAUUAACUUCGGAAAUGAAUCUUCCUGGAACGUUUCAGCCAACUGUUUUGACUCUGUAGCGCAUUACACGCUGCGGAGUGGGGACAGCCAUCACUCGAAAGGGACGAAUUCGAAAUUCGAAGAAAUUACGCUACAGCGAAUCUACGUAAUGGCCUGCCCCCGCAGCAUGCGCCGCAGCCUCUCCUGGAUGACUAAUUCCCAAAAUCGUCCGGAUAUUCGGUCUAACUCUUCCCUGGGAGAACGGGAGCGAGCAGAACGGGAUGGACGAUUAUGCCAUCCAGUGUUUUCAAUGGAGACGGGUGCCGGGGCUGCCGCGGCCCGGGGCGGCUGCCAGCGUGUUAAUGGCAGCGCAUAAGUACUGGUUUUAGUCGGCGUCGGGCAUCCAAGACGAAAAUAUCCGUUAUGGGAUCCCCGAAAAUUGCGACGAAAUACCCAAAAAAAUGUCAGAUGUUACUUUUUUUCCUGAUUUAUUUUUGAAACAUUUUUGGUGUUGUUUAACGUAACUCCAAGUUUUUUUUCUGAUUUGAGCUUAUUUUAUUGAUUCUUAAAAACAGUUAUUUUCAUUAACGCCGAUGUAGUCUUUUUAAAAAUUAAGUUGAUUAUUGAUUUUAGGAAAAUUUUUAAUUCGGUAACAUUCGUAGCUUCUUUUUCUAAUUUUUGUCUGUUUUGAUUUUAUUUGAACAACCGAUUUUCACUAAUAAAAUUGCAAAAUCAACGCUACAGGCUACAGUGAUAUUUAAUUAACUAAGUUAACAUAAUGAAUAUUUAUUUACAGGUUGUUAGAUUCGCCAGCAAAAUCCAAAUUAUUCUUAAAAUAUUUACGGAAAUUAAGGAAAUGCAAAAAUCCUUUAGGUUGAGGAAAAACUUGAGCUUAAAUAAUUCGGAAAAAUAGAUCAGUUGUUUUCUUUAUUUGCAGAACAAUUUCAUUUAUUCUUGUUAAUAUAAUUCUUGCCUUUUCUCUAGUUGCUGGAUUUAUUAAUUUUUGAAACUUUUAAUUUUUAAUAAUUAUAUUUCGUUAACACAAUUUUUGUCCGUUUCUAAAACUAAUAACCAUUUUUUUUUUAUUAAUUUUUAAGAAAAGCUUAAUUUUGUUAGCAAUGCUAGCAUUGUUUUUAAUUCAUAUUUAUUUUGGUUAUAUUUCAAAAAUGUGAAUUCGUUGAUGUACAGAGUAAACGUGAAAUUUAUUCUUCAAGCUCGAGUGUUAUUUAUGUAAUUAACCAAAUGCAAUUAAAAUUCGAAAGCCUAAAAUAUAAAAGCAGCGGAAGGAACGGGAAGUUAGAAUCGAAAAAUAAAAUGAAAGAAUAAAACUGAAAAAAAUCUAGAAGAAGGAGAAACUGACCGGUUGUCCCCGCGGACCAGCAGCGCGUUGAGGAACUGGCAGAACGCCGGAAGCAGCUCGUGCCGGCACUCCGCUAACUAUACUCUAGCGGAAGAGCGGACUCGGGAUGACGGCCCGGUCGCCCUGAAGUUCUGCCUGUUACCGGGCUUCGUGCAACGCUGGCCGACCCAGUCCGACAAGCAACCGGCUACAUCCCGCAGGAUCGCCGGGAGGAGCGGGAACCUGGAAUUUCAGUGAGAAUGCAAUUAGGAAAGUGGAAACUCAUUUUCAGUACGACUACAUACUGGGUCAACAGGACGAAAAGGACAGGAUCAUCUGAAGACGAUCGAUGCGCUGCCUCGUUGGAUUUGCACGCUGAUCCGGUGCUGCGCAAACUCUGCUGCUGGCGUUGUGCCUGUUUCUGCAGGAUCAUCUGGGCGCGGACACCUACCAGCUCGGUCCAUCGGGUCCGCAUGAUCCCCAGCUCUCCCAGCCUCCGGGGACGACCCGUCGAUCAUCCUCAACGCGCUGCAUGCCGCGAUUUUCCUCGGUCUUGCUCCGCUCAUCUAGCGCUGCUGCUGCUCACUUCGGCACGAGUGGAAGGCGCGGCGAUAAACGGCAAGGCCAUAAGGUGUUACGGCAUGGUUAUCGUUGUUCUGCUGGCCGCCGCUGCAAUGUCUCCGUGCUGGAAAAGAGGCACUUGCCUGUCACCGACAUGGUUGACGCUUCUUAUUCUGCUGCAGCUUCACUGCUCCGACGGAUGUUCCCUUCAGCAGCCGACGGCCGCCAACCUGAAGGACAUGCUGACGGAAGCCAUGCCGCACCGACAGGACGACCGCGUCGUAUUCCCGGGGUUGGCGGUGAACAAAUUCCUGACGGAAUGCGUGAUGGACCGGCCGCGUUUGGGCGAGAACACGACGUUCCACUGCCGCGUUCCGGCCGAUGUGGACUGGCGUCAUGUGUCCUGGGUGCACCAGAACUGGGUCGUCUUCGAAGAUGGACGGCCGCAGCCGCUGCCGGCGCAGGACAUCACGGGGCAGACCUACAACUUCACCCACGUUAACGAUACAUUGACCGUCGUCGUCCGCAACGUCACCAUGCGCUCCGGCGGCCUCCUGCAGUGCGUCAUCGACCCUCCCUACACCCGGGAGCGCCGCAUCCUGCAGCGCUUCCUCAUUCUCCCGCUGAUCACGCAGCGCCGCGACGUCUUCGCCGCGGCCGACGAGAGUAACGUGACGGCCAUCGAGGGCGAGGAAGUCACGGUGCAGUGGCACAUCCGGCUGCCGGUUCCCGAAGGCCUUCUCCUGAACCUGCCCAGCCAGUUGAUGUGGGUGCAUCAGGGCCGCAUCGUCCAAGGUCCCUGGGAGGCGCCGUACGGGCUCCCGAUGCCCGCCGGGGAAGGACCCCGGGAUGUGGAAGCUGACUACCAAUUGGCCGUCAACAGCCCUGGCCAGCUUUUGCAGGUGGAAUUUCACUUUCGAGCCGUCACGCUGGCGGAUGGAGGAUCGGUCCAGUGCUGGUUCCGGCCCCACCUGGGCGUGCAUGAGUGGAUUGUGCAGACGAAGACGCUGCUGGUUUUACCCAGGAACGGCACACAGAAAAGCGGCAUUGAUCCGGUAUUGGAUGGGUUCGAUAUGGCGGUGCUGAGCCGAUAAUAACCCGCGCUGCUGACGGAGCUGAACUUUUCUAUAUGAUUAUUGAUUGGAUUUGAAGUUUUUGUAAUGGCGGGAAGUGAUCGAGAAUUGCGAUCGCUUAUUUGAGAAACUGCAUACGUCAUAAUAAUAAUAUCCAGUUAACCAUUUGUCGUGCUAUCUUUGGCACCGCGACAUUUCUCCGCGGACAACUAGUCGCCGGACUUUUGGUCGCAGACAUUUCACCGCAAGCUGCCAUCUCGCCGCGCGACGUUUCGUCGCAGAACAUUUCAUCAGCGGGACUUUACGCCGCGAGAAUUUCCGUCCUAUGACCGUUUCGACGCAAGGAUAUUUUGCCGCAAGGACAUCUCCACGAAGCGACAUUUCGCCUAUCAGAUAAACGAUUUGCUAAUAUAACUAAGAGUUAAAAAAAGGAAA